UCCAGCCUCCUUCCUACUCCUCCCAAAGCUCCAUUCAUUGGCCCCGCUGCACUGGGUCUGCAGGGCACUGCUUCCGCUUAGUUGCUAAAGCUCCUGCCUCGUGGGCUGCCGGGGGUAGGUGUCCUGGGGGCUUUGUCUGACUGGGCUGGCCUAGGACAGAAUGGGGGUUCCGGUAGUGCUGUUAGGGAUGCUGAGCUUCCUGGGAGUCGCUAUGGGAGGCCCCUCUGCCCUCCGCUGGGACAGCACCUCCUGCCACUUGGCCAGGCCCAUCCCCGGCAGCCCCUUGGGGACCCUGAGCUUUCUGAGCAAGGGUGCCCAAGGACUGGCCCUAUUCCACACCCGCUGGGACAGGCAUGGGAGGCUGCAAGCGUGUAGCUGGCAAGACGAGCCAGAGCUCACCGCAGCCUUCAGUGCCCUCUGUGCUGGUGAGAUCACCCAGGGCUCCUUCAUCCACACCCCUGGCCCCGAGCUGCAGAGAGCCCUGGCCACCCUUUGGAGUCAGUGGAGGGCCUGCCGAGGGCCUGAAGGGGCUAGGGAGAAGCGAGCUGCAGAGACCAGGGAAGAGCAAGCAGGUGGAGCUCCUGGGAGCGUAAGACCUCAGCGGGUGAAGAGAGGCUGGACCAUGCCUGGCACGCUGUGGUGUGGAGUAGGGGAUUCUGCUGGAAACUCCUCCGAGCUGGGGGUCUUCCAAGGCCCUGAUCUCUGCUGCCGGGAGCAUGACCGCUGCCCACAGAACAUCUCACCUUUCCAGUACAGCUACGGCAUCCGAAACUACCGAUUCCACACCAUCUCCCAUUGUGACUGUGAUGCCAGGUUCCAGCAAUGCCUGCAGAACCAACGGGACUCCAUCUCGGACAUCGUGGGCGUGGCCUUCUUCAAUGUGCUGGAGAUCCCCUGCUUUGUGCUUGAGGAACAGGAGGCGUGUGUGGCGUGGUACUGGUGGGGAGGGUGUAGAACAUAUGGCUCCAUACCCCUUGCCCGCCUCCAGUCCAGGACCAUCUACAAUGCCUCCUGGAGCUCCCCCACCACCCCUGUGACUCCCAGCCUCCAAAGCCCAGCCCCCAGCAAGCCUCGACAGAAGCAGCAUCCUCAGAAGCGGCCGCCACAGCGGAAAGGGUCUAAGCACACCCACAAAACCAACACCACAGCCCUCUGGGUCCCCAUGGCCUCUACCAAACCUGAUAUGUCCCCAACAGCCUCGCUGGAGGUCACCCAUCCAGGCCUCCAGUGGCCACAGAAUGGCCUAAAACCCCGGGAUGCCCGCUGGGCCUGCCGCAGCUUCCACCGCCUGGAUCAAUGUGAGCAGCAGAUUGGGCCUCAGGAGACCAAGUUUCAGCUGCUCAAUAGCGCCCACAAGCCCCUCUUCCACUGCAAUUGCACACGUCGUCUGGCACGCUUCCUGAGGCUCCACAGCCCACCUGAGGGCACCAACGUGCUUUGGGAGCUGCUAGGCAUGACCUGCUUCGAGCUAGCCCCUCCACUGGACUGUGCUGAGGGCAAAGGCUGUUCCGGAGACCCUAGGGCCAUUAAGGUACCAGCCCGGCACUUGCAGCGACUUCAAAAGAGGCGACGCCAGCUCUGGGGUGUGGGCACAGGUGAGGGGCAAUUGCAGCCUUCGGAUCACCCAAGAGCCCCCAUGUCAUUCUAUGACCGCUGCCUGCAGCUGACCUUGAAGAGACCCAACAGGAGGGAGAAAUCCUAGAACUGGUGAUCUCAAUUCCAGCUCUCCUGGGCACCAGACGGGGCCCUGCCUCUAGCUCUGCUAGGCCCCAGGGGUUCUUGGCUUCCUCUCCAUGUGUUAGACUGAAGCAUGGCUCGGGACCCCCGUGGACAGCCAGGAGGCAAGGGGAGGUGAGGCUGAAAUACUGGACCACGUCUCCUGCUGUGCUGGGUGAUUUUGAGCUGGUGACCCAACCCCUCUGUGCUUGGCUGUGGUGUUCAGGAGGCACACUCUGAUGCUCUGGGCUUGGACCUUGCCAGAUGGGAAUGAAGAAAGGGUAAUUUAUUACAGCAGCCUCCAGAGGUAGGAGGAAGAGUACUGUAUCUCCUGGUUGCAAAAUCAACACGUAUCUCAAAAACUUGUCCAGAGGAGCCCCAGGAACCCACUUGCUGAGGCCUGAGGCAGCCGAUGGGAAAUGGGAUGUCACAGAAGCGCCUAUAUCUGGAUCCAGGGAAGGGGAGGGGGGCUGGGGGGGGCACUGUCCAACCCUUUUCCCUGGGGGGGGGGUCCCUUCUCAACAGCGCUGUGCCCUUCCUAGCCCAGCCCUGGCCCAUUUUUUCCUACCUACCCUAAACUUAAAACUCAGAUCUCCUCUGUGUCCUUGAACGAGGGACCUCCCCCACUCUGAGCCUUAGUAACUCCUCUGAAAAGGGGCAGUGUGAUGAGGGCCUACCUCAUAGGAUUGUUGAGGAUUAAGGAAACCAAUACAUGGACAGUGCUUAGCACCUAGUAAACAUUCCCUCCCUCUCACACAUAGCUAGACUGUGGUUGGGUGUCUGAUUCUGAGAGGUUUGCCUUCUGGAGGCCUCAGUUUGCCCACCUGUGAAAUAUGUCUAAGAACUGCACUGAACUCAACACCACAACUCAGGGUUGUGGUGCAGAUUAAAAGAGAUGGCAUGUGUAAUGUA